AACAGCGCCGAGUGAAAACAGUGAGAAACGAAGUGACAGCUCCCGCCGGGAUCGUCGACAGAUUUACGUGGCAGAGCGUGCUCGGGACUGUCCGCGAAUUCUACCUGAUGGGUGACGCGUCGAUGACAGGUAACACGGACACAAUCGGGAUUUUUAAGCGUUCGCGGGCACCGAUUCGACGCGAACUUUGGCAAGGAACAGCUGACAGUCGACGGCGUCGGUGGCGCUAAUUUCACGAUCAUCGUGGACGGUGUACGCGUUCCACCGAUGACAGGUGGAAUUUCGCGGGAAACGGAGUCAUCUACUAUGUGAUGGUAGUGACGAUACGCGGUUGACAGGUUCGUACCGUCUAAUAACCAUCGAGGAGUGCUCGGUCUACGAACGCGUAGGGUAAAUCCAAGUGACUAGAAAGAAAGCCGGUAAUCGUGUGCAAGUAUAGAUGCCCUUAUCGUGUCCGGGGAACAUAGCUGUGCGCGUCUGUCAGUGCAGUGUUUCUACAGGAAUGUACUGUGAUACCGAAGGAUAAGUACAAUCAUUCGAGUAUACUGGUCUCUACCUUCGCCGGGAUAAAACAGGGAUAUUGACGAGUGUGUAUUGUUCCUAGCUGGUGCUCGAUAACAAAAAGCCGAAAAAGACGUUUCGCGGUUGCAGUAGAGGGAGAAUAACGAAGACUCGUCCGCCAAAGGGUGACACAGCAGGUGAUCACGUUGGAUCUCGCGGCGUUGGCUGCUUACGGGGGCGUUUCGGGUCCCAGGGUCGCGGUGGCGGGCACCGGGGUCCUCGCGCUACCCGGCCUGAUACCCGACAAGGGUUUAUCAUCGCCCGGAGAUCAGUCGAAAACGAAGUCCGCAGGGCUGGCGGGCCUCGACAGCGAGGCGGUGCGCCGGUGGGUCGCCGAGGCCGCCCGGACCGUCCGGCAAAUACCGCCUCCGGUGAUCGUACCGUCUUCCAGUUCGCAACAGCAACAACAACAAUCGGUGCAACAACAGCAGCAACAGCAACAACACGGUAGACAGCAGCAGCAGCAGCAGCAGCAGCAUUCGAGCCAUCAUCGGCAGCGACAAGAGCCGAGCCCACCCUUGGUGGGCGCUUCACCUUUCGUUCUGCCGUCGUCGAUGACGCAGACACCGAGCAUGCAUCUGCUGGAGAACAACAAUCUGGUGGAGGUUGCGAUGGUCCAGCAGCAACAGUCUCAGCAGCAGAUGCAGAUGCAACAGCAGAAGCAAAAACAGACGAGCAGCCCCACCAACAACAACACCAUCGAGGCUUGGAGGUCUAUCCAGGGCGGGCACCAAUGGUGGAGCCCGCCGAGUAGCGUUCACCAGGAACAGCCUCAACCUCAGCAAGCGUCGCCGAUCGCGCAGCAGGUUCCGCUGCCGCAGAAUCUGAUCGCCGGCUCGGUGUGUGCACAGAGACAGACGCCGAUUCAAUCGGAGAUCGACCAGCCGUUGGACUUCUCGGUCGGUUCACUUCAGCAGCAGAGGCUGCAUUCGCGCGUGAGGACUAUUCACGAGAGACUGCAGGGUAGGAUGCAUGACAACAACAACGGGACGGCCAACAGCGGGCAAAAGAUACCACGGGGAACUGGAAGCAGGAGAAGUUACAGCCCCAGUGAGGCUAGCAGCAGCAGCAGCGAGGACGAAGGUGUUUCCACCGGUGGCAGUCCUUCCGGACCACUCCGCGGCACCGAAAACGAAUCCUGCGAGCAGCCGGUUGCGGUCAGGCCUUACGGUAAAGUUUGGAUGGGAGAUAACGAGGUCGCGUGGCGGACUGAACAGUCUUUUAAGAGGACCUCGCCCCUGAAUCCAUGCACCACGACAACUACCACGACGACGACAGGUGGCGGGGCGUCGGCACACCCUCACCUGUCACCACCCAUUGCCGCCCCCGUGACCAUUCCCGAUCACAGAAGUCCCAGCAGUCUUCACGUGAAACUGGGCAUUUCUCCCGCAAGCGACGCGCUCGGCCGAAUCGAUAAGGAGCCAGCCUCGCCGGAAUCCAUACAAGAUGCGGACCUUCACGGCGAGGUCGACGGGCCCGAGCUCAGCGGUGACGAUAGGAGCAUCACCAGCGAUAUUCAGGAUGUCACGGAAGCGAACCUCGAUCAUGACUCCAUGGACUCGGACAGGGAAGCCCUCAAUCUGGUCACAGACGUGUCGCAUCGCAAUAGUAGCAGCGGAACCAGCGGCAGCGCCUCGUCUCCGAGUUCCGGGAUCAGCAGCCAGAUAACCGGUAGUCAUCAGCAACAGCAACACGCGACCGGACAGCAAACCAGCGGUAACUCGCAAGCAGCGCUGGCUGCUCAAUUGGUCAGUCAGCAGUUGCUGAUGCACGGUUCCUUAGGCGCACUCGGACCUCAGGAGAUUCAAGCGUUGGCGUCGACGUUCCAGCAGCAGCAACAGUCGUUGCAACAGCAACUGCAGCAGCUAGCGAUGUUCCAGCAAGCGAAUUCAGCCGCGGCUGGCCAACUACCAGCCCAGGCGCAAUUUUUCCUCCAAAAUCAGGUGCAGCAAGCAGUUGCCCAGGCAGCCCAGCAGUUGCAAGCUCUCCAGAAGCAGCAGGCUCUUCAGGGUAGCGGUGGGUUGGUCGGUCGAGGCUUGGCGCAGCAAAGGUCGCCGCCACCUCCUGGCACUCCUCCGGCUGUGAAGCAGCCGCCUCCGAGACUGGAGCCCUCGCCGGAGGAGACGACGGACCUCGAGGAAUUGGAACAGUUCGCUAAGACGUUCAAACAGAGGCGGAUCAAGCUCGGUUUCACCCAGGGCGACGUCGGCCUCGCCAUGGGCAAGCUUUACGGCAACGACUUCUCUCAAACGACCAUCUCCAGGUUCGAGGCGCUGAACCUUUCGUUCAAAAACAUGUGCAAGCUGAAGCCGCUCCUCCAAAAAUGGCUAGAAGACGCGGACAACACCUUAAACAACCCGAACGCCCUCGCGAACCCGCUGACUACACCGGAAGCCAUCGGCAGGCGGCGGAAGAAAAGGACGUCGAUAGAAACUAGCGUGAGGGUAGCUCUGGAGAAAGCCUUCAUGCAGAAUCCGAAGCCCACCUCCGAGGAAAUCACCGUACUGGCGGAUAGUUUGACGAUGGAGAAGGAAGUCGUUCGGGUGUGGUUUUGCAAUAGGCGGCAGAAAGAGAAAAGGAUCAACCCGCCGACGGCAGCGAUGGGCAGCCCGACGAUGGCGUCGCCGGCACCUUCGGUGUUCGCCUCUCUCGCGAGUUCUAUCUCUGGUAGUCCCUUGGCUCUUACGACGCACUCUUCGAGUAUAGGUCACUCGCAUCCUCACCCCACACCCCUCGGCUCGCCGCUACCGUUAGCCCUAGUGGCUUCCGCAGGCGGCAACUACCAUCCGUUGAGCGGGAAGUCGCACGAGUGACACCAGCAGCCCACCCACCAUCAGGGGGACGCUAUUUUUCAUCAGCACCAUCAACAGCCACCGCAUCAACAGCCACAACAACGACGUUUGUGCAAUCUACCCGAGUUUUAUCAUUAAUCCGCGACGCGGUCCGUCGAUGACGAUGACCCGGACGACGUGCCCACCGACGGUGUUUCGCUGCCAAAGGGAAUUUGGCAGAUUCGAGCAGUACACGGUCACGGGAGCGAAACAGGAGAAGCUGGAGCGAUCCAGUUGAUGACACGAAACAUAUCUUGGUACGGAGAUGCGAUCUUAUGUCCAGUCUUUGAAACGAGGAGGAUUCACUGAGACAGCGAGCUUCGCUGGUCUCGCUUGUGUCAUUGGAGGAGCAAGGUGUAAACUAUUUCACGAAGAGUAUACGAAUCGCGAAGAAGAGACGAACGGAACAUUCACAGGAGAUUCUUGUACGUAUUAUCAUCUGAAGGUGCAGCUAGGAAAUUUGACAAUGUCCAAAGACAGCGAAUCAAGAUCGUCAAACGUUUCGUAUUCGUCUCAGUAUUAUAUAUCCAUCUUCGAUUUGAAACGUCGCGUCGCGUUAGUUCGAAUAAUUAAAGAACGAAGAUCUCGAAGUAUCAAAACAAUUAUCAGCGAUUGGUUUUCGAGUCCUUUUUGCAUUUAUCUUUGAACUUGUUUAAAAAUUGAUCCAUGAAGGAGAAACGACUUUGAGAUCUUCAUUCGUAACAGAUGGUACAGGAUCGUUGCCGCUGCUCAUUAAUUACAAAAUCCAAUUAACCGCGAGCCGCCGUAAAACGGGCCCUCAAUCAGUUUCUACAGCUUGCUAUUUAAAUUAUCACGCAGUCUUUAUCGCGAGAGGAAUCAUGCGAAGAUACAUGUAAUUACGAACUGGUUCGUUAACUUUUCUUUUUCGACACAUAUAAAAUUUUAUCUUCACUGUUUAGCAAUUUUAAAUGCUCCUUUGAACUGUUUGAAAUUGAAACGCGAUUAGUGAACGCGGCGAUGCGAUCCAAACCACGACGAUUGACACGUCGAAGGAACGAUUAAUCUUCCCGCCGUAGCACGCGUGAUCAAUCGCGACGGUUUCGUCGAAAGAAGGCGAACGUUCUUCAGAGGUACUCGCCUCUCCGUGGUAAGCAGGGUUUUCGCGCCGCUCGCAAGGGAAACUUCUAAAAUCGAAAACUCAUCUCCAAAUAACUGCAACUAAUGUGAAGAAGCCCGAAGGCUCACUGCCACCUGAAGGAUAUUCCUACGAAAAUAGAUUGCCCAAUGCUGUGUCACAGUUUAUUGCACAUUGCUGUUAAAAAAUUAGAUGCGUUUCCGAUUUGAAAGCUGGAAGCUCCCUUGUCGGUGGCGAUCAUGCGGCGAGGUCCGACAAUACAUAAGGUUGUACAUAAUUUGCGUGUCUGUCGUCAUACAUAUCCACGUCUCGAGUCUGUACAGCGUAAUAACGAAUUUAAAAUCGACGAGAACACGGGGGUGGCUCGUUCGUCCCGGUCGUCGAGCUCCUCGUCCGUUUUUCGAUGGAUCGUAGUUAUUCAAGCCAAAGUACCGUCAAGCACGCGUGAUAUUUAAAAAUUAAUGAAAGAUAGGAUUCCCAGGAAGAUGAACAGGAGUUCGCGCUUGUGUUCUCGAUUUCUCAGACAGACACGGGGAUCAUGUUGUAGAUAACGUCUCUGCGUGUAUAUAUAAGCACACGAAUUAUUCAAUGUAGUUCGUAUACGUUUGCACGGUUCGAUCGAACGCGUUUAUAGUUCGAGGGGCUAGUGGCACUGUAUUUUGAAGUUCAUCGGGCUCUCCUAUGAUAAACCGCAAUUGAAUAGACACUUCGAGGUGAACUUCCGGUGACUAUUUAAGAGCUGCGAUGUUCCACGACGACGAGAGGGUAAAUAAUGAUUAACGUUCGGUAAGAGGAAUGUGUUGCGUACGUAGAAGUUUCUAAUUGAUAAGAAUCGUCGAUAUACUUGUAAGUUACGUUGCGCUCGUCCGCAUGCAGAGACAUCGCAAAAAAGGUAACUGGUCAGCAUCGGAGAAUAUACAUAUGUGCAUGUAUAAAUAUACAUAAAUGUAUAAAGUAAACGCAUUGUAAAUAAUAGAGAGAGAGAGAGAGAGAGAGAGAGAAUCGGGUGAAUCCGCGGCAGAUCUGUUCCCAUGGUGACUAUCGUUUCUUAUUACUAAAUAAGUGAUCCUUAAUCGUAGAUCGUCCACGUUGACGCGACGAUGAUAGUAAGCUCGAGGGAUUAACGUAGUUCGUUUUCCUUUCAUUCACCGUUCGUCUUGAUUAAUUUCAAUUUAUAUUUAUUGAUGAUAACACGAGUAUGUACUAUGAUAAGGAAUUCUAGACUUAUUAUCGGUUUUAAAGAUAAACCGGCGAUAACAACGCGGCCGACCAAACUUAUUUAUCGAUCCCUCGACUCUUGCGAUCAACGACGUCAACCCGGAACGAGCCCGUUUGUACAUUUGUUGCAAGAUCUUUCGUUUUAUGAAUAUUUCAUGUACAAUGGCAUCGAGCAUGCGUUAACCGGAAGGGUAUGUGCGUAACACUAGCGCGGUGUACGUAUAUUAUAUGUAAUUUUCUACGAGAACAUGCAGUCUAUGCGACGCGGUACGUUGAAACGCGUUUUGGUCGUUCCGGCGUAUCGCGUAGGUACGUGCGAUUAUAUAUAAUAUAAUGAUACAACACCUGUACCUAUCUGUGUAUGUAUGUAAUAUGUAUGUAUGUAUACGCGUACGAGACGAGAUCUCAUAUCGAUCACGCGCGUCCUUUCGUUCUUAAUCCUUUCGCUACUAAGCGUGACUAUAAGUGGUACAAAGCGUUUACUGCACACUACGGGUGAUUAUAGUUACCCGGCACAAAAUUUCGUAUUUACUGGGCUUGCAGUUUCGGUCUUACUUCAUUCAUUAUCAUAUACAAAUACACUGCUGUGAAUAAAAAUUAUUUUGCUUCUAAAAGCAGUGUUACAAUGGCUUGAGACGAAAGACUUGACCUCGAACGCUGACGACCGUGCGUCCACGCAAUGUGUACUCCGCCGCGCGGACCGCUGUAGCGAAAGGAUUAAAUCGCUCACGCACCCAGACACACGUAAAAUCUGCUCUCAUCUUUUUCACAUGACCGAGCCUCGUAAUUGUACAACUUUGAAUCGCCCCGCAUUCUACCAGCCGAUCUUUAACUUCGUUCACUUUUUUCCUUUAAUUUCGAGCCCGUUAUCUUACCGAGUCGUGGACCAAAUGUAACGAGACAAGCGCGAAUGAGAGAGCGAAUCCCGCAAAGAGAGAUAUAAAGAAAUAAGAGUUCCUAGAGCACCCGUUCCGAGUGCGUUUCAUAGACGUUUUAUAAAAUAUUAUACGCGACGAGCGGGUGUGCAAACGCCAGAGAACGCGAUCGACACACGCGGCAAUGGGAAGAGAACGUGCGAGAAUGAGAGAGGAACAUAUUUUCCUUCUUACCCCGUUUACCCUUCUUCCACUUAUUCUCCGAGAUGUACAGUGUCUUUUACUUUUGUAGAUAGUCGAGAAAACGAUUAGGGACCCCCGCACCCUUUGAUCGACGUGUCAUUGACUUUUAUUCAGUUUCGCGGGCCUCGAUGUGCCGACGUGUCCCGCGAGCGAUAGACACAUUACAGU